AUGCCAUACUACCUGCCGUUUGCCGCCGGGAUAGGCACUCGAUACACCAUCGGAUGGCUCAUGGUUACACAAGGUAACAGAGCAGAGCACCCCCUGCCAUCACCAGAUAUGUGUUGGCUGGAUCUUAAGGGAGGGAGGGGGUGGUGGGAAGAUAACAACCAUUGCAUUGCCCAUUGCCGUAUCCAAGCAUACGCCUCCGAGCACCUCCCCACCCCAACCUACAACCACAGCAGGCGCGUCUACCACUUCGGCCUAGCCAUAAAGCGCCAUCGGUUUCCCAGCUGGUCAUUUAGUGACGAGACGUAUUUCUUGGCCUGCAGGCUGCAUGAUAUUGGGACGACGGACGAGGACUUGCGGAGGACGAGGUUGAGCUUUGAGUUUUAUGGGGGGAUGCUGGCGACGGAGGUGUUGAGGGAUAUGAAGCGGGGAGGAGGGGAGGAGGAGAGAUGGCUGUGGCGCCGGCUGAGCAGGCGGAGAGUGUAG